AUGGGGAAAGCCUCUGAUAAAACUUACAGAUGGUUUACGAUCAACAUGGGUACUGGAAUUGUUUCGAUCCUCCUUCAUAAUCUUCCAUACAAUGGCGCCUGGCUACAUUAUAUCUCCAUCAUCUUCUUUGUUCUCAACCUUGCGCUAUUUGUUCUCUUUACCUUUAUAUCCGCUCUUCGAUACUUGAUAUACCCGGGGCUUUUCAUGACCAUGAUCAGGCACCCCGCCGUACCUCUCCUUUUGGGAGCAUUUCCAAUUGCUCUCUCUACAAUUGUUGAAAUGAUUGUUUUAGUCUGUGUCCCCGCAUGGGGUAGCUGGGCGAUUACUCUAGCAUGGACAUUGUGGUGGAUUGACGCUGCUAUAUCGAUCAUAAUAACUUACGCGAUACCAUUCGUCAUUAUGAAUACUCACGAUAUCAAGUUGGCGGCGCUUUCUGCAACUUGGCUUCUUCCUAUUGCUUCAGCUAUUGUCGCGUCUGCAAUCGGUGCAAUUGUUGCCGAGGUGUUGGAAAACGAACAGCAUGCUCUAUGGACUCUCAUAACGUCAUACUUCCUCUGGGGUACCGCAAUGCCUCUGUCCCUCACCUGCAUGGUAAUCUUUUACCAGCGGCUUUCAAUGCAUAAUCUGCCACCCCCCGAGGCCAUUGUCUCCAUGUUUUUGCCCGUUGCACCUCUAGGUCAAGGCGGAUACGCCAUCAUGCAGCUGGGAAAAGUCUCAGCAGAAAUUUUUCCUAAAACCGGCACCCUUGGGAAGAUGGGCACCCACUCUGGAGAAAUACUGUACGUGACAGGCUGGAUAAUUGGCUUUAUUAUGUGGGCAAACGGCCUGGCAUGGAUCUUCUUUGCUCUGGCCAGCAUUAGCCGGCGCAAGUUUCCCUUCAACAUUGGUUGGUGGGGAUUUACUUUCCCACCCGGCGUCUGGGCUGGGGCAACAAUUGCGAUUGGACAGGAAAUGCCAUCAAGAUUCUUCAAUGUCUUGGGGACAAUUGCGUCGGUCAUAGUAACGCUGCUAUGGAUCAUUGUCGCUAUUGGCACGAUAAGGAAAGUUAUAGAUGGUAAAAUAUUCAUGGCACCAGAUUUUGAACAAUGGAAGAAGAAGAAGAGCCAAGCCUUGGAAGUGGCGUAA